UGGAUGGUGUAGAGCGACUCACAGCAGAGGAGAUGGACGAGAGGAGGCAGCAGAACAUGGCCUACGAAUACCUCUGUCAUCUCGAGGAGGCGAAACGGUGGAUGGAGGCGUGUCUGGAUGAGGAGCUCCCGCCCACCACAGAGCUGGAGGAGGGGCUUAGGAACGGGGUGUACCUGGCCAAACUCGGCAACUUCUUCGCCCCACAAACCGUUUCCAUCAAGAAGAUCUACGACCGCGAGCAGACCCGCUACAAGGCGACUGGGCUUCAUUUUAGACAUACAGACAACGUCAUCCAGUGGCUCAAUGCCAUGACAGAGAAGGGCCUGCCAAAGAUCUUCUAUCCAGAGACUACAGACAUCUAUGAUAGGAAGAACAUGCCGCGCUGCAUCUACUGCAUACAUGCUCUCAGUUUGUACCUGUUCAAGCUGGGUCUAGCCCCUCAGAUCCAGGACCUGUAUGGCAAGGUGGACUUCACAGUUUCUAGCCAAGGUUGUGGGUUCAACUCCCGUUGGGAUCCCAUACACACACUAAACAUGGAUACAUGUACUGUUAGUGACUUUAGAUAA